UGUUGUGGAACAUCCACAUCCAGUUAUCAGUUAUGCUGCAGUAGCUAUAUAAAAUGAAUGUCUUGUGUUUAUGGGCUACGAUCCGUUCCACGGAGGCCACGGCCGAGAGCACGACAGCUGCUAAACGUCAGGAGCAGGGCGGCGUGCUGGACGCUCUGAGAAGACACUACCUGUUCAUGUACAACCUGCUUCAGUUCCUGGGCUUCUCCUGGACCUUCAGCCUCCUGACAGCCAAUCUCAUCCUGCAUGGUCAAGGUGCUUUGUACAAUGCGUUUAGCUCCUGUGCCGCUGUGCUCUACGGCUGUCAGAUGUUGGCGGUACUGGAGGUGAUUAACGCAGCAGUCGGUCUUGUUAAGACUCCCGUCUUCCCCGCCAUGAUACAGGUGAUGGGGAGGAACGUCGUACUGUUUGUGGUUUUCGGCAGUUUGCCAGAGAUGCAGGAGCGCAGUGUGGUGUUCUGGGUUUUUUACCUGUGGAGCAUCUCUGAGGUCUUCAGGCUUGCAUUUCCCGUGCUGAGUCUCGAUGCCAAGUUCGUGAUGCUGAUCCGGCUCCGCCAUGCGCUGCUGUAUCCCCUCACCACUCUGACAGAAGUGCUUCUGUUCCAGCUGUUGCCGUGCUCCAGUCUCUCCCGCUGUUCGACCAGACCAGACUCUUCAGCGUACCUCUCCCCGAGACCGUGGGCUUCUCGAUCAGUUUCUCCUUCUCGCUCCGGCUCUACCUUCUCCUCAUGUUCGUUGGAUUUUUCAUAAACAUUAGACAUCUGGUGAGCCCGACCGGAAGAUCCUUUCGGCUGAAACCGCACACUGACUGAUAAGUUCACAUGGCAAAA